GAGAGAUCCGAUGCCUCCGCUAAAAUCCUCGCCAUUGAGCUUGCCCAGACGCAUGCAAUAAUUGCUCUCCCCGCGAGGGUCGAUAUAACCUUAAGAGCAGAAUGCAAACGCCUUGUGGAAAUGGCAAAAAAUACCUUCUCGGCCAAUUCCAAGCCCUUCACAAUUGACAUUGUGAUAAACAACACGGCUGUCGCAUUCCUUGGACUUAUGGAGGAAGUAAAAGAGGAUGAAUUCCAGCGCAACUACGAGGUUAAUGUUCUGGGCCAAAUUCUUCUGACUGGCGCUUGUAACUUCAUAAAUUCCAAAGUAGGCACAGAACAUACAACACUUUACCCUGGAACUAAGGGCACGAUUGAAGCUAUGACUCGUGUUAUGGGAGGAUUUGAUACACCAGAAAUCGUGGAGCACGGUGCUAGGUUCGGAGGACGGCCAGCGUAUACCAGUGAGAUUGCUGGUCUCAUUGCGACUAUUUGCAAUCCCGAAUUCGGCUGGUGUACUGGGAGCAUCAUCUCUGCCAAUGGGGGGGCUCUCGUUUAG